UCUUCAUCUGAAAUAAAACAAUAAACAUUAUUCGCAAUGGCAAAGUUUUCGAUCAUCAUCCUUGCCUCCGCCCUUUGCUUAUUAUCGUUGCUGGGGUCGGCUUGUGCCAAAGACCGAUUCUUUGUAGAGGGAGUUGUUUACUGUGACACAUGUCGUGUUCAGUUCCUGACUAGGAUGUCUGAGUUCUUGGAAGGUGCGACUGUGCGUGUGAUGUGCUCACAAGUUGACAAUGCAAAGAACGUGACAUUCGACAAAGAAACAACGACAAAUGCAUUGGGAGCUUACAAAAUGGAGGUGGACGGAGACCACGAGGAAGACACCUGUGAGGUGACCCUUGUGAAGAGCCCAAGGGCAGAUUGCAGUGAGGUUGACAAAGAGUCUCACCUUGAACAGGCUGCCAGAAUCAGCAUCACCAAGAACAGUGGAAUCGUCUCCAAUCUCCGUCAGCCUAACCCUCUUGGAUUCCUCAAGAAGGAUCGUCUCCCUGGUUGCGCAGACCUCUUCAAAGAGCUUGGAAUCAACGAAGAUGGCACCCCCAUCCCCUAAACAACUCCUUCAAUCCAACCUCUUCAACAAUAUUCAAACCCUUGUUCCUGGAGCAACAAAAUUUUUAAUUAAGUCUAAGUUAGGUCAGAAACAAAUACUACUACUCUAGAUUUGGUAUUUCUCAAAGUCAUCAUAAGUUAUGGCUGCAAAUUUACUCUCAACCAGCAUUCCACCUUGUUCAGUGCACUUUUUCUCCUUUUGAUAGGGAUUGGUGCAAUUUGAGUAAUAAAGAAUAAGAAGAUUUGAUAAACUAAGUUAAAAACAUUAUUUGUAGCAUGGUGAAGUCAAUGAGAAUCUAAGUUAAUAUUU